AUGGCAAGUUUGAACUGGAGUUAUCAAGGCAACAAUGGACCUGACCACUGGCACAAAUUAUACCCUAUUGCCAAUGGAGACCAUCAAUCUCCUAUUGAUAUUCAAACCAAGGAAGCCAAAAAAGAUGCAUCUCUGGGGCCUCUCCGGAUCACUUGGAAACCUUCCACAUGCAAAGAGAUCGUCAAUGUUGGACAUUCAUUCCACGUGAAUUUUGACGAUAAGGACAAUCAAUCAGUGCUGACUGGCGGACCUCUCACGGGGACAUACAGAUUGCGGCAAUUUCAUUUCCAUUGGGGUCAAACCAAUGAGCAAGGCUCAGAGCACACGGUGGAUGGAAGGCAAUACGCCUCAGAGCUUCAUCUCGUUCACUGGAACGCGGACAAGUACUCGAAUGUAGCUGAGGCUUCUGACAAGCCGGAUGGCUUGGCAAUUGUCACUGUUUUCCUGAAGCUUGGCUUAUGCAAUGAAAACCUGAAAGGCGUCUUGAAGGCCUUGGAUUCAGUAAAGUCUAAGGGUAAGCAAGCUCCCUUUUCUGAUUUUGAUCCUUCAAGCCUAUUGCCAAAAUCCUUGGAUUACUGGACCUACAAUGGCUCUCUGACUCAUCCUCCCCUCCAUGAGAGUGUCAUCUGGAUUAUCCUUAAAGAGCCAAUUACUAUCAGCUCAGAGCAGCUGGCUCAGUUCCGCACAAUCCUGUCUUCUGCCGAAGGAGAAGCACCUUGUCCCAUACUGAGCAAUCACCGGCAACCCCAACCGCUGAAAGGCAGAGUGGUGAGAGGCUAA